UGUUGUUAACUGACACCACAUUUACUUGGCAGUGCACUCUGCUGUCCACUCUUUUCCCAUCGUAUCAGAGUUCCCUUGUAGUUGUGUACGAUGGAGUCAACCGCUGCUGUCAUCACGCUGUGGGGCGCCGUCUCGCUCCUACUUCGUUUCAACGCAGCUCAGACUGGUAUCCACACCGUCGAAUCUGGGCAUGGCACAGCCAGCGCUGGAAACGACACAAACAAUUCGGGGAUUACCACCGACCAGAGCCCAAGGGAAAGCCGUACCAUGGAUACCAACGUCCUAAAAAGAUUUGUGUGUCCCGACCCGUUAAUGACUUCUGGCUGUAGCAAGUGUGAGAAAUCAUGUGCCAAUCCAAACCCGUCGCCGUUAUGCGCUUCUAAUUGUGACUCCACCUGCAUCUGCAAACCGGGUCUGUAUCGAACUUUCAUUCCCUCGCCAAUAUGCGCGCCGCCCAAUGGACCACUGCUCAACAACUGUAAAGCAGCAUCAAGAAAUGCUAAAGGUUAAACACCAGAUGGCAGCGGCUACGAUACGUGUUGUCCGUAAUUGAUGUCCACAGCAAACGUUGACCGGCUGACGAUGGCUUAGUUUUCCUGAUGGUGUUGCGCGCGCACUGAUUAUGUCUGAUUGUUUCAUAAAAUGUCCAAGUUAGGACACUAAGUGGUUCU